CUUCUGGAAAAAUUAUAUGACGUAGCGCCACCACAUGGUCUGUUAUAAUAGACUCAUUGGUUCCAGACAUUUUUUACAUUUGAUUUGUGUAAUAAUAAAAAAUAAUAAUUUCUAAAUAAAAAACGAAAGUAAACAUUUUUUUUACAUCAAUUUACAUUUUUGAAUAUUUUUAAUCUGUGUUUUGAUGCAAACAUAAUCAAUAACAUAUCUGUGAUUGGUAAAACAUGUAUUUAAUAUAGUAGGGUCAACCAUGAGCGACCGACCGACCUGUUUGGUAUAACAUUAACAACUCUGCAUUGCUUCGCCAUCUUGUCAGCACUCUAGUUGUUUAAUAGCUCUAUCUUCGGAUCUGUUCGUGUUGAGAGCAGUACUUUAGCCAAAUAAUGGCAGUUAAUCUUCGUAGCAUUUCAGACGAUGCAGACUAUUACGUGUUAGUAUAUGAGGUUGCUAGACGGAAAAUGUUAUCAGUGUCACAUUGUACAGAUGCAAUCUUUCAAAAACGAAUAAUUGAACAGUUAAGUGUCCAAGGAAGGGAACUAAAAGUGUUGGGAGUUGGUAGUGGCUCCGGUGAUAUUGAGCUCAAAGAUAUGUUACAGCUUCAGAAAAAGUUUGCAAAGAUAUCUCACACUGUUGUGGAACCAGCAAAGGAUCACCUAGAUAAAUACAAGAAGUUGAUAGCGAAAGAAUCAAGCAAGGUGAUUGGAGUGACAUAUAAUUGGAAACAGCAGACUUUGGGUGAAUAUCGAGAUGAAUUUGGGAUUACUAACAAGUAUGACGUGAUAUUUGCUAUCAAUUGCUUCUAUUACUUUGAGGAUUACGAAGGGUCAUUAAUGUAUCUUCGUGAAAUAUUAGAAGAAGGUGGAAUACUAAUCGUUAUUCUAGCAACGGGUAAGGCGAAAUUUCUGUUUCCAUAUACCAACAAAGGGGGUUUUUUUCUCUUUUGGUGUAACCACCACUUAUCAAAGAAACAUCAUAACAGAAAAAAAAAAUCAGUAACAUCAAUAUAUAUAUAUUUUUUUUUAUUUAUUCAUUCUGAAGUA